AUGCGAAACGAGUCAGAACAACUAUCCCUCUCUGUAGGUUCGUCUAGAUUGUUCAACGGCGCUAGCAACGAUGUAGUUUCGUUCAAUGCAUCCGCAACUGUUGUAGCAUGCGAUGCUGAGGAUGUUCUUGUCACACCCGAAUGGUGGAUGAGUAAGUACCUGCCCAGUUAUUCGGCUGCGCGAAUGUUCAAGUUCAGUAACCCGGACUCAUAUAACUGGGCAAAUAAUCUGCUUGCUGGUCUAGCGAUACUUUUUUAUGUUAGUAGUCGCAUGGUCAUGUCACAAGUGAAUCUUAAUGAGGAUUACCUGAAACUGAUGGGCAUAUACCCCACCACGGGAAACUCACGUAACCUCGCGGCGCUUGGGGGCAUAGUUUCUGUUUAUUACGUCGGUUCCCUCAUUGGAGCACUGCUUGGCGGUACCAUCGCCGACCGGUCGGGACGUAUAGCUGCCAUAAUAUUGGGUGUCAUUAUCUCGAUCAUCGGAGCAACAUUUCAAGCUUCCGCGAUGAACAUCACUUGGAUGUGUUGCGCACGAGUCGUGACUGGUCUCGGUGUGGGAGCUAUUGACGCAGUCAUUCCUGUAUGGAGCAGCGAAGUUUCUUCACAUCAAGUACGAGGCGGCUUUCUUGCGAUCGAGUUCUUCCUGAACAUCGGUGGACUGUCAUUGGCAUAUUGGAUAGAAAUAUUUGCGAGCAUGAACCACAAUCAGGCAAUGGCAUGGCGCACACCUCUGGCACUGCAAGUUGUGUUUCUGCUCGCGAUUCUCGCGCUUGUACCUUUCUUUCCGGAAUCCCCUCGAUGGCUGGCGAAAGUCGGCCGUGUCUCUGAAGCACGCACUGUGUUGCAGGCAACCCGCAAGGACGGAGUUGAGGCUGAGCUAGCUGCCAUCGUGCGGAGCGUGAUACAUGAUCAGCAACACGCAGAGAACAAUAGUUAUCUUCGCAUGUUAUGUCCGAGGACAAAGAGCCAGCGCGAACUACGAUGGAGAGUUGUUCUAAGUGUAUGGCUACAAAUUAUGCAAGAGCUCGUUGGCAUCGGAGUCAUCACCGUCUAUGCCAUCGAUCUUAUUCAGGGCGCUGGCUUUAGCCAAGGCGAGGCAAAACUCUUGGCCGGAUUUAAUAAUCUGUCCUACAUGUUCAGUGUACUCUUUGCUGUGUUCACUCUGGAUAGAUUUGGACGACGAAGCACAAUGGUAUGGGGGGCUGCUGGCAUGGCACUGCUCCUGCUCAUCGGUGGCAUCCUGGACAAAUAUACGCAAGCGGGGGGACCCAAUCAACGGGCAUAUGGCGCGGGUGUCGUGGCGAUGACUUUCCUGUAUACUGGCACGUUUGGCGCCACCUGGUUAGUAACUCCGUGGCUUUAUCCAACUGAGCUCUUUCCUACAUACGUUCGGGCCAAAGGAGGUGCAUGGUCUGUCGUUGGAUGGUCCAUAGGAAAUGGCAUCGUGACUAUGAUUACCCCUUUCCUGUUUCAGGCAAUCGAAUAUGGCGUGCUGCUGCUCCUCUUUGGCCUCAACAUAUUCGUAAUCCCCUUUAUCAUUUUCAUGUAUCCAGAAACAUCGGGUCGUCCCCUCGAGCAAAUCGAUGAUUUCUUCAGCAAUGCGACAUCUUGGAACGUUUUCACGGCGUCUCAACAAAUACGAGAGCAAGGUUUCACAAACCAUCAGUGGACACGCAAAUAUCAAGGCGGUAUUGAACAGUCAAAGAUGUCGUCGAUGACUCGGGUUAGCGGAGAUUUAGAUGCCGAGAAGCAUGGAUGGUUGAACAAACUGAGGCGCCGUGCUUCGGAUGCAGGACUCAUGUAA